AGUAGGAUUGGAAACGACUCUGUUUUCAUUUUGCAUUCAUUGCGUGGAGUAACGAAAUAUCCACUAACUGAACUGAAUAAGAUACCCGAAUCUCAUUCGACUGAAAAUGUCUAAACUACAGUUGUUGCGUUUGUUUUUAAAUGAGCGUUUAACCGCGGCUGCUGUGGAGAUUUUCGGGGCAGUUGAGAAAACGGUAGUGGAGUACCAGGAGGAGAAUGAUCGGCUACGGAGACUGUUGCGGAUCACACCAGAGAUGCAACUAUGUAAAAUAGACUCCCUGCAGCUCUCUGUCUCUGAAAAGGAGGUUCCCCCUGAGCAGCAACACUGUGAGCAGGAAUGGAGCCCCAGUGUGGGGCAGGAGGACCCAGAUACCACACUGAUUAAAGGGAAACAGGAGGAAGAACAGCUUCAAGGGGUGGAGCCUGAUAUCAUAGAGUUCAUAUUCACUCCUUCCUGUGUGAAAAGUGAAUGUGAUCAGGAGGACCCACUUCAGUCCUUGACUCUUCCCCAAACCAAGACUGUGGAGAACAGAGAGAGUGACUCUAAACCAGUGGAUCUGAAACCUUUUGGCACUGUGACCCACAUGAAUGGUCUUUACAUUCCCUGUUUAUCGCCAUAUACUCAGAACAAUGCCUCCAGCCACAGUUCAGCCAUAAGCAGCGACCCAGUAGGACUUGACAGCAGCCCACCAUUGGGUCCCACCCCACCAUUAGAUCCAAACACGUCAAUGGGGGAACGCGGUUCCAAACCCAGCACCACAUCUAGAAAAACUCACCACUGCCAUGACUAUGGUGAAAUGUUUCCUCUGAAAUCUGACCUGCAGAGGCACGUGACUCUUACCAAGAAGAGACUCAGCGAAUGUCACUUAUCCAAUAAACAGUACAACUCCACCUGUAAACCGGAAACCCAUGUCCAACUCUGUCCCAUGGAGAAAUCCUGCACUUGCCCUAUUUGUGGCAUGACCAUCAAACACAAGGGAGAUCUGUCCAGGCACAUGGGUAUUCACACAGGAGAGAAACCAUUUAGCUGUGGUGUCUGUGGGAAAAGCUUCUAUCAGAAGGGACACCUUACAGAUCAUAAACGGACUCACACAGGAGAGAAACCAUUUAGCUGUGGUGACUGUGGGAAAAGCUUCAAUUUGAAGGGAAACCUAAGGAAGCAUAAACUGACUCACACAGGAGAGAAACCAUUUAGCUGUGGAGACUGUGGGAGAAGCUUCAGUCUCAAUAUGAACUUAACCAGGCAUAAACUGACUCACACAGGAGAGAAACCAUUUAGCUGUGGUGACUGCGGGAAAAGCUUCACUCAAAAGACUAACCUGCUGAUGCAUGUGAAAAACAUCCACAAAGGAGGAAAGCAGGACAAAAACUGAAAGAAAGAAAAUGAGGACAAAGCUGUUCUCUCAAAAGAAUGGGAAAAACAGGCAGUAUGUGGACAACACGUUUUAAGUAGGGCUGAUAUAUAUUUAAUGGAUGAUAUUUGAAGGUAUUUUAUGUUUUUGAAUAGUUAAAAUUCUACAUUUGCUUCAUGAGUAGUGCAUGACCCUAAGAUGGCAACAUAUACAGUAUCAGUCAAGUUUGGACACACCUAACUCAUUCAAGGGUUUUUCUUUAUUUUCUACCCUGUAAGAGUGUGCAAAGCUGUCAUCAAGGCAAAGGGAGGCUACUUUGAAGAAUCUCAAAUAUAUUUUGGUUUGUUUUAACACUUUUUUUGGUUACUACAUGAUUACUGUAUAUAAGUGUGUUAGCUAGCACGCACCGAUGUAAUGGUCACACAAGCUCACUACUGACACAGUUUUCAUGCUACAGAUUUUACCAUCAACCAUCAACAUCGUUAAGCUCUGCACAACUAACGUUGCUGUUUCCUUUUUAACUACAGAUAAUAAAUAAUGCUCAACUGGGACCACUGGCUGUGGGGGGAGUGAUUUAUUUUGGACAAAACACAACGCAAGGAGAGUACGACUGACAUCUGUUACAUUGCCUGCAUCCGUAAUGGGUCAGCGGUCAAACGACCUCCACUCAUCACUGUAAAACGCUCCCUGAAACACUUCAGCGAGCAGGCCUUUCUAAUCGACCUGGCCGGGGUAUCCUGGAAGGAUAUUGAUCUCAUCCCGUCAGUAGAGGAUGCCUGGAUAUUUUUUUUAAAUGCCUCCCUAACCAUCUUAAAUAAACAUGCCCCAUUCAAGAAAUUUCAGUGUGUCAAAUCGGAGGGUCUCUGGUCCGGACCUCUGGCAGUCUCUAUGGGGGUGCCACAGGGUUCAAUUCUUGGACCGACUCUCUUCUCUAUAUACAUCAAUGAGGUCGCUCUUGCUGCUGGUGAGUCUCUGAUCCACCUCUACGCAGACGACACCAUUCUGUAUACUUCCGGCCCUUCUUUGGACACUGUGUUAACAACCCUCCAGGCAAGCUUCAAUGCCAUACAACUCUCCUUCCGUGGCCUCCAAUUGCUCUUAAAUACAAGUAAAACUAAAUGCAUGCUCUUCAACCGAUCGCUACCUGCACCUACCCGCCUGUCCAACAUCACUACUCUGGACGGCUCUGACUUAGAAUACGUGGACAACUACAAAUACUUAGGUGUCUGGUUAGACUGUAAACUCUCCUUCCAGACCCACAUCAAACAUCUCCAAUCCAAAAUUAAAUCUAGAAUUGGCUUCCUAUUUCGCAACAAAGCAUCCUUCACUCAUGCUGCCAAACAUACCCUUGUAAAACUGACCAUCCUACCAAUCCUCGACUUUGGCGAUGUCAUUUACAAAAUAGCCUCCAAUACCCUACUCAACAAAUUGGAUGCAGUCUAUCACGGUGCAAUCCGUUUUGUCACCAAAGCCCCAUAUACUACCCACCAUUGCGACCUGUAUGCUCUCGUUGGCUGGCCCUCGCUUCAUACUCGUCGCCAAACCCACUGGCUCCAUGUCAUCUACAAGACCCUGCUAGGUAAAGUCCCCCCUUAUCUCAGCUCGCUGGUCACCAUAGCAUCUCCCACCUGUAGCACAUGCUCCAGCAGGUAUAUCUCUCUAGUCACCCCCAAAACCAAUUCUUUCUUUGGCUGCCUCUCCUUCCAGUUCUCUGCUGCCAAUGACUGGAACGAACUACAAAAAUCUCUGAAACUGGAAACACUUAUCUCCCUCACUAGCUUUAAGCACCAACUGUCAGAGCAUCUUACAGAUUACUGCACCUGUACAUAGCCCACCUAUAAUUUAGCCCAAAAAACUACCUCUUUCCCAACUGUAUUUAAUUAAUUGAUUUAUUUUGCUCCUUUGCACCCCAUUAUUUUUAUUUCUACUUUGCACAUUCUUCCAUUGCAAAACUACCAUUCCAGUGUUUAACUUGCUAUAUUGUAUUUACUUUGCCACCAUGGCCUUUUUUGUCUUUACCUCCCUUCUCUCCUCAUUUGCUCACAUUGUAUAUAGACUUGUUUAUACUGUAUUAUUGACUGUAUGUUUGUUUUACUCCAUGUGUAACUCUGUGUCGUUGUAUCUGUCAAACUGCUUUGCUUUAUCUUGGCCAGGUCGCAAUUGUAAAUGAGAACUUGUUCUCAACUUGCCUACCUGGUUAAAUAAAGGUGAAAUAAAAAAUAAAAAAUCUCUCAGGUGAUGAGAGAAUGGUCUGA